GUAAAAAAGAAAGAAAGAAUAAAAAAGAAGAAAAGAAAAAAAAAAUAGAGAAUAAACGCCAAAUUCGCAUCUUCCGUUCCUUGCAGAUCUGCUAACUCUUCGGUUUCUCUCAAUUGAAAUCAUCUUCGUUCCCACCGAAGCCUCCCAAAACCCUCGUCCUCUAAGGUUUGUGAAUUGGAUGGAAGGAACUGUAGGCAGCAGUGCCUCUGCUGCUGCUGCACCCGUGAACCAAUGGUGGCAGGAAUUCUCAAAGAUGUUCCAGUAUUACCUGGAUAAAUCUACGCCUCACGCCACCUAUAGGUGGAUUGGGACUUUGGCAAUCGUGUCGAUUUAUGUCUUGAGGGUUUUUUAUGUCCAGGGAUUUUACAUUGUGUCUUAUGGGCUUGGAAUUUACUUGCUGAACCUCUUGAUUGGGUUCUUGUCCCCUUUGGUUGAUCCUGAGCUGGAGCCUAAUGCUGAUGGACCUUUGCUUCCCACUAAGGGUUCCGACGAGUUCAAACCGUUCAUUCGACGGCUUCCCGAGUUUAAGUUUUGGUAUUCUUUCACUAAGGCUUUUUGCAUAGCAUUUGUGAUGACUUUCUUUUCUGUAUUUGAUGUUCCUGUCUUCUGGCCUAUAUUGCUCUGUUACUGGAUUGUUCUCUUUGUCCUUACAAUGAGGCGUCAAAUUGCACACAUGAUAAAGUACAAAUAUAUUCCAUUUAACAUUGGAAAACAGAAGUACACUGGGAAGAGAUCUUCUGCUAGUAGCAGUGGCAGUCGUGCAGACUGAAGCUUUGUCAUGUCACGAUUUGAAGAAUACAGAUCUCAAAGUUAGGUUUUGUGAACAUUCAGGAUAGUUAUUUUUUCUCCUUUAUCUUGCGGAAUUUGUAGUCAGUAUUAUGGAUGCCAAUCUGCAGUUACAGAAAUAUUAUUUGUGUCCAACCCGUUUUAUGAAAAACAGAAGACAUGCUAAUGCUGGCAGUGAACAACAUUGUUGAUAUGCAUCAAUAUUUGGUUCAGUUUUA